UUCCAGUAGUACAAUUGGGAAAACCAAACUUAUGAAAUAGACGUUCAAAUUCGUCUCUUGAGAAUUGAGAAAUUUGUUUGAUUUUGAGGAUGACAAGUGAACCACUGCUUCUAAGUAUCGAACCUUUGGACCUCAAAUUUCCACUCGAACUCAACAAGUCUAUUUCAACCUCUUUUCAACUCAUCAAUAACACUGAUAAUCACGUUGCUUUCAAGGUAAAGACAACCAAUCCCAGGAAGUAUACUGUUAGGCCAAACAGUGGAAUUGUUCUCCCACGAUCAAGGUCCAAUGUUACAGUUAUGAUGCAACCUCAAAUGGAGUUACCUCCAGAUAUGCAAUGCAGAGACAAGUUUCUUGUACAGAGUGUGAUUACAGACCCUGGGUCUACACCAAAAGAUAUUAACCCAGACAUGUUCAACAAGUCCGGGGAUAAUGAUGUUGAGGAAUGCAAACUAAAAGUUAUUUAUGUCUCACCACCGAGAAAACCAUCACCAGUCCCGGAAGAAUCUGAGGAAGGAACUUCACCAACAGCUUCUGAAACUGAUUUACAAGAACACAGUGAGCCUCAGGACAACUCCAUUAAGGCCAGAGAUCUAAUUUUGAGGUUGAUGGAAGAGAGAGAUUCCAUCCUUCAACAAAAUGCCAAGCUCAACCGAGACCUGGAGCUUCUUAGGCGUGGACGUCACGAACGUCGUACUGGAGUUCCACUUUUGUACAUCUUGCUGGUUGGCUUGGCUGGUAUUCUUUUGGGGUUCAUUGUCAGAAACGUUUGAUGACCUCACAGCUCUGACAAUAUAUCCUCUCUUUCUGGUUGCUGUGGGCAGGUGUGAGGGAGAUAUAAAUACUUUCUAAGAGAACUUUUGUACAUCUUUUAGUCCGAGUUGCUUUGCUAAUUCUAAGUAUAUUAGUUGAAUAUUUUCAACGUCUUAGGAUGAUAGAACUAUAGUUGUGGUCCUAGCUUUGCUUUUAUGAGGUAAAUCAGAAGGAAGAAAAGAAGAAAGAAUACCACAUUGAAGCGGAACCACUGGAUUGGCUGUGUAUUUAACUAUCACGUAGGUUUUUUUUGUUUCGAAGCAUGAAUAUCAUACGAAUUUUAACUGAAAAAAAGUUCAGACUUCUAAA